AUGUCAUUUUACAAAGAAGUGGAAAAUAUAUCGAAUCUUAGUGAUCAAGUACCUGCAUUGAAAUCGUACUUGCCAAAUUCAAUUAUUUAUAUUAUUCUCUACUUUUUGGCUAUUCCACCAAAUAUUCUUUUGGCAUAUAUGGGCCUCAAAAAAGGCUUAGUUUCAGCUCGGGUCAAGUAUCCAACUUUAGGCAUGACAAUUGCUAAUUUAUAUGGCUUAUUUGGCUAUUUACUGCUUAAUUCAGUCUAUUUAAUUAUGCUAUUUGGUAAUAUUAAACUUAGUCUAUUUGCAUGUAGCUUUCUACGUACUGUAAUUUACAAUUCAACCUAUGUGAUUUACUUCUUAUUUCCGGUAUUAGCUAUUGAUCAAUGGCUUUUGGUAUGCCACAAUUGUGACUUAAGUAUCAAAACUUUAACACUGGUAAUUUUGACCUGUUUCGUGAUCCCAAUGCUCAUCGCAAUUUAUGAUCUUUGCCUUCAGGAUGUGCUUCUUUACGAUUUUAUGUUCGCUUACAUACGAAUGUCACCAUAUACUAAUGUUGUAUGUUUUAUUCAUGUAUUUAUUAUUUUAUGA